AUGCAAGACAACUACAUUCCUAUGUAUAAUCAACAUGGAGUGUAUCGUCAAGGGUGUUCUUUCAAAUAUUUCAAGAGUUGUGGAGCUCCGGAGUUUAAUGGGGAUGGGGGUCCCACGGCUUGUAUAAGGUGGCUUGAGGAGAUUGAAGCGGUGAUUGUUAGGAGCCAUUGUACUUAUGAUGAUCAAGUUACUUAUUCAACCGGCAUGUUUAGAGGUGACGCAUUGAAGUGGUGGAACAAGGAAAUAGGGGCGGGCAAUGCUAUACCUUGGGAUCAAUUCAAGAUCUUGGUGAAGGAAAGGUUUUGUCCACCCUAUGAACUUCAAACUCUAACCUUGGAGUUCGUUCAACUCCAAAUGAAUGGGGCGGAUUAUAAGGGGUACAUUCGGCGAUUCCAAGAGUUGUCAACACUUAUCCCGCACUUGGUGACUCCCGAGGCCCAAGCUAUUCAAAAGUUUGUUAUGGGCCUAACUCCAAAAGUCCGACACUUGGUAAAUAAUAUCAUGCCUACCUCCUUGACGGAAGCCAUAAACCGUGCUGGUAGUGUUACCGAAGAUCUACUUAGAAGUGGUGAAUUGAGCAAACCAUCGUCAUCAAAAAAGAAGGAUGCACCCGAGUCAAGUGGGGUGAUGAAGAUGGGUAGGUUCGACCCCACACGCCCUAACAAAGGAAAAGUGUUUGCGGCAAUUGAACCGGCAAAGAAAGCUUAUGGCCCGAGAGUGGCUCCUACUCAUGCGGUUCCUCUCCAAACCUUUCCUCCUCAAGCUAACAAUCAAAGGGGUCAACGGGGAGCUUGUUAUGAAUGUGGAAGCACCGAUCAUUAUCGUAAUGCUUGUCCUCAAUGGGUGGGACAAAAUGUUCAAGUGGCGGUUCAUCCAAAUCAACUCCAAAUCGCCGGUCCUAACCAAAAUUGUGGCCAACAAGGCCACCAAGUGCAGCCUAGGGGAAGAGCCUUUGCGGUGAAUGCAAAUGAAGCCCGCAAUGAUCCAAAUAUGGUGGCAGGUACAUUUCUUCUUAACGGUCAUUAUGCCACGGUGUUAUAUGAUUCCGGAGCCGAUUUUAGCUUCGUGUCCCAUAGUUUUGUUCCUUUGAUUGAUGUUCAUCCAUGUGCCUUGAACUAUGUGCUUGACAUUGAGAUGGUCAAUGGUGCUUUAACUAGACUUAGUCAAGUACUCCGUGAUUGUAUCUUGACUUUAAACGACGUCGAAUUUUACAAUGAUCUCAUGCCUUUCGAUAUUGGGAGUUUUCACAUCAUUGUGGGUAUGGAUUGGAUGACGGAGGUGAAUGCAGUCAUUGAUUGUGGCGAAAGAGUGGUCAAAAUACCAUUGUCAAACGGUAAUGUUCUUAGAGUCCAAGGUGAAACUUCCGAUUUUUCCAAUUCCAAGGUUUUUAGUACUACCGUCACAAAGGUAGAAUUGGAAAUCGUCCCCAUUGUUCGUGAUUUCCCCGAUGUCUUCCCAGAUGACCUACCGGGCUUACCCCCGUCUCGUGAACUUGACUUUCGCAUUAAUUUGAUCCCCGGAGCCGCAACCGUGGCUAAGCCUCCAUAUAGACUUGCCUUGACGGAAAUGCAAGAGUUAAAAUCUCAACUUGAAGAACUUCAAGAGAAAGGGUUCAUUCGACCUAGUCAAUCGCCUUGGGGAGCUCCAAUCUUAUUUGUAAAGAAGAAAGAUGGGUAUUGA